AUGGCACGUCUAUCGGGGUUACAGAGAGAGGUACUAAAACUAUAUCGAAACUGUAUAAGAACCAUCAAGACUAAACCUAUUGAUACUCAAGAUCAUUGGCGUCAAUUCAUUCGAGAAGAAUUUAAAAAGAAUCAACAUAUUUCAAAGAAACAAUUCAAUGUCAUUGAACAUCUAAUUAGAGUUGGACAUAGACGGUUUGAACAAUACCUGCUGACUCAAAUCAAAGACAUCCAUUAA